AUGGACUCGGAUCAAGAAGAAACCCGUCCUGAAUCGUCAUUAACGAUUCAGCAUUACCAGGCCCAGAUUCAUGGCCUCAACACUACUAUUCAGAAUCUCAACACAACCGCCAAAAUUCAGGCCUUGACUAUCAAAGAAGAAACGGUCACUCCAGCAGAGCCUCUGGAUUCCGAUGUGGAUGAACAACCAAUCAAAUUGAAAGUUACCAAGACUGGAACACCUGUCCCUACUAUCCUUGUUAUCGGGAACAAUAAGAAAUACCCUAAUGUGCCCUACUUCUAUAGUGAAAAAGAGAAGUAA